AUGAUUGUAAUUGAUUUGACGGCACCCUUCGAAAUCUGGAAUACUUAUUAUACUUUGCUGGGUGAUGCUCAGAAGAUCGCUAUGGACGCAUUGCGAGAUUUAUCCGGAAGGUCACCAGGCCUGUAUGACACCUUCAUAAACAAUAGCAAAAUGCGCUUUAAAGAUCAUCAGGACGCAGAGUUGAUAAAUCCAUUUCCGAUACCACUGGUAUUAGUUGGCGCGAAGUACGAUGAGUUCCAAGUACUUUGUCAUAUCGGAUUACCUUAA